GUUCCCUCUUUGUGUCUUUCAGGGACAUUUUCAUUGCUGUCUCCCGUGGAAAAAUUGUAUCAACUCUAUGAUGGAGUGGAGACGUUUGUUCUGUUCAUUGGUUAUCCUCGCAGUAGUCACAGUUUAGUUGGCGCCAUAUUAGAUGCUCAUCCUGAAAUCAUCAUUCCUCACGAGUUCAACCUUCUGGGUCACUGGGAAUCUUUACAGUCGCAAACGGCUUCAAAGAAACAUAUGCAAAAAUAUUCUCUGUUUUUAAAGCUUCAGCAGCUUUCCAUGAGACAAGCAGUGUUUGGAAUCCGCGCGAAUAAAAACAAUACUCUGCUGACUGGUGAUUACACGUACACAUAUAAUGUCCCUGGACUUUGGCAAGGGGGGUAUCAGCAUAGAAUAAAGGUAUCAAAGCAUUUUUUUUUAAUUUGAUAAAUUUUAACAAUUUCUCACACUUUAAACAACAACACCAAAAAAAUACUAAACCAAUUUACACUCUCCUGACUCUUUGGACAAGUUAAUGGCAAGGGUGACCUUGCGUCUCUCUGAGGACCACACGGGUUUGAUUGGGAAAACAAUUAACAAGCAAAGUUAACAUUGCCACCUAGCCCGAAAACAAAAGCAGCUGCUUUAAAGAGAUGCAAAGCUACUGAAUGGUAGAGGACCGGUAUUACGAAAUUUAGCUAAAUUUUCCCUUUAGGGGGUCCACUAAACUGGGACGAAGCAUAGAAAAAAAAAAAAACAGAAGAAACAUUGAAAGACGGAUUAAAUAUCACAGCAAAUACAAAACAAAUACGGAUGGACAUAAUUAAAACGGAUUUUUAAUUAGCGCUUACAAAAUUUUUCAGCUUAAGAGUUAGGUUUCAAAGUUUACCUUUGUUCCGUGUAACUUCAACCAUAACGCUUGGGAGACAGAUCUGUCUGUUUACAACUAGCAAUACUCAACAGAAUGGGCGAGACUGCCGUGACAAAGCCACCCCCAUCCCCCAUAUUACGCCCCUUUUAAGCUAUCAGUCAGUUUUCUUCCACGCAAAGAUUUAAGAAAAAACGUGAUUUCAACCUAACGGAUAAUUUGAAAUAUUUAUGCUUUGUACCCUGGCCUUGGAGUGAAGGCGAGGCUACCGAUGACAUAGUUAUCCGAAAAACCUACAACGUUUCACAUCAUGAUAUCAUCCUACCCAUUCUUAACCUGAGCUGGCAAAAUCAGAAGAAAACGAUUCAAUAUGUUUAUCCAUGAAGUAGUUGUAUAGGACACGUGAGUUGGGAGACAUGGUUCAGCUUAACACCGCCUAUCUGCUUGGUGUUGACUUAGCCUAGUCACUAGGCAUUUUCUCUUUCCCCGUUGUCCGCGCGAAGUCUAGGAAAGGGUGGGUGACAAUCGCUCUCGGUGACGUCACAUGCCCAGAGAGUAGGCUGGUGUUGACAGAUGAACAAGACGAUAAGGGCUCUAGUAAAUUCUGAUCCUUUCUAACAUUUAUUUUGGCAAGGUUAUUGGAGACAAGAAAGGAGGUGAAAGUUCCAUGAUUUUAGCCAAUCCAGACAGAAUGAAAACUCUUGAGGAAAUAGCCGAAGUAGUUCAAGUACCAAUGAAAUUCAUCCACGUCACAAGGAACCCAUUUGAUAACAUAGCAACAAUGACUCUUCGUGCUUCAGGCCGUCGUGAUGCAGUGAGAGAAGGCGAUACAAAGGUGAGAUAAGGUUACAAGGGAGGAAAACUACUUUGGAUACCCGUCAGAUAUUUAACAAUUUUUGUAGAAGGCUGUUAUCUGCAAAAGGUGGUAUUUUCUUUUUGAAGCAGUAAAUCGUCUAUCUCGCCUUUUUCAAACGAGCGAAAUCUUCUACCAUUUUCUCAAGUUCCACUGUCACUCACGACGUCAUAGACCAGCUGGUUCUAAAUAAAUGUAAAGGUGCAUUAAAUCGGAUAAUGCCCUGACUUUUAACUCUUCUUAAAAUUAAUAAUAACCUCGCGAUACGCACGCGGUCAUUAUUUUCAAGAAGGCCUCGGAGCUUACGCAUUAUCCUAUACUUAAUAAUAACUCUGGUUGUUGAGAGUGCGAAAGAUAAAUUCGUGCUUUUACCUUUCUCUUAGAUUAAUAACACAAAAAGUCUUGACAAAUCGAUAGACUUUUACUUCAAAUUAGCCGACGCUAAUCAUCGCGUCCGGGAACGUUACGGAGAAGCAGUGAUUGACAUUCCAGGACACGAAACAGUGCUCAGACCAAGAGAGACCAUACAGAAGUUGUGUGACCAUUUGGGGGUCACGUGCUCUGAUGAUUACCUUGAUAAAUGCAGUAGCAUCAUGUAUGGUGCACCUUCAGUGACCAGAAACAAAGUAGUUUGGACUGAAGAACAGAAGAUGAGAGUAACACAGGCGAUCCAGAUUUAUCCAUUUUUGAAGGAUUAUGCAUUCGACCAGUACCCAGAGUAA